UUAACAUUUAGCGAGUAAGUAAAAUCACUCUGGCUGCUACAAUAGAAACACACACCGGCAUCAAAGAGUUAAGGUUUCAUUUUGAGUGACGGGUUAAACAGCCAAUCAGCAGCCGAUUCCUACAGCGGUCCCUUGCGUUGCUUUCGGGAAAGAGGUUGUCACUUGUCAGGAAGGGUUAGCGAGAACGUAGGAGGAUUGCGUCUUUGCUCGUACUACCAACCAUUGACAAAUUCCAUUUAAUUAAUCUAAUAUUUCUCUACCUUUCGGGGCUGAACAUUUUUUGGCUCGGCAACGUUUUGGAAUCAAGAAGCCGAGAAACGAUCGGCGCUACAACUCGGCCGAGGCGUCUAAUGUACUGAACGAAACGGAAGUAACUUGCCAGCUGUCUGGCGAAGCUCUCGAGUGUCUGAAUGCCAACUCCGUGGGUGAUGGAGCUGAGCAGGCAACUCUGUGGGAAGAUGAGGAAGUCCAGUAAAAGGGCCCAACUUUCCUCCUCUCCUACUUCCAUUCGGGGCCUGGAGAUCCACUUUUACACACCAGAUGUGCGCCAGCUGCUGUACUUGAAGGGCUGCUACACUGCGUUGAACCUCUGCGUGGAUGCUGCCAAGAAAUGCUCAAUCUCUCCCUUGUGCCAUAAUCUGUUUGCCCUGUAUGAUGAGGCUACUGGCAUGUGGUAUCCUCCCAACUAUGAAAUCAAUAUCACGGACGAAACCAGUUUCAAGUUGCACUAUCGCAUGAGGUUUUAUUUCAGAAACUGGCAUGGCACCACUGAAGGAGAGUCUCCAGUUUGGAGACACUGCCUCAGUAAACUCCGAGGCGGACUCAGCCCACAGAAAACACCAGAAGGAACUCCCCUACUGGAUGCUGCCUCUCUCGACUAUCUGUUUGCCCAGGGGCAGCAUGAUUUUCAGACUGGCCUGGUCCCACUGAGGGCGUCUUCCUCAGAAGCAGAGCAACACGAGAUAGAAAAUGAGUGUUUGGGCAUGGCGGUGCUUGCUAUCACUCACUAUACCACAAACAUGGAUAUGACCCUUACAACUGCGGCAAAUGAAAGCAGUUACAAACGCUUCAUCCCAGAGUCACUGAACCGCAACAUCAAACAGCGCAACUUCUUGACACGCAUCCGCAUCAACAACGUCUUCAAGAAAUUCCUCAGUGAAUUCAACCGCCGCACAAUAAAGGACAGCAAAAUUACCCCGUACGACCUGAAGAUCAAGUACCUGGCCACUCUGGAGGGCCUGACCAGCGGCCUGGGCAGUGAGCUGUUUGAGCCCGUCUCGCUGGUUUUAACGCAGGAGGGCGAUCUCUGCAAUGGAAGUUAUGGCUACGGUUACAGUAACCAGGGCCAGGAAGAGAUCCAAAAGCCGAACAUGAAGACCAGCCAUGACAUGCACGUCCUGGUUACUGGCACCAACGGCAUUUCCUGGAGGAAGAAGCCUGCGACAUCAACGGGGAUCAGCAAAGAAAAGGGCAAGUUGAAGAAGGUCAAGUUGGAUGGAAAACAGAAAAAUGGCAAAAGCAUGGAAGCGAAUGAAGACUGGGUGGUGUUCUGUGACUUCCAUGAGAUCACACACACUGUCAUCAAAGAGACAAUGGUCACUGUCUAUAGACAGGACAACAAGAGAAUGGAGCUGCAUAUGGCUUCUAGGGGUGAGGCUCUCUCCUUCGCAGCCCUCGUGGACGGGUACUUCAGGCUGACUGUGGAUGCUCACCACUUCCUGUGCAAGGAGGUGGCCCCAUCUUCAGUGGUGUUCAACAUAAACAACGGCUGUCACGGACCCAUCUGCACGGAGUAUGCCACCCACAAACUGCGCCAGGAAGGCCACGAGGAGGGCACCUACAUACUGCGCUGGAGCUGCACUGAUUACGAGUACAUUAUCAUCACCGUGGUCUGCAAUGAGAUCGACCUGAAUGAGUCUCGCCCUGUGCGUCAGUAUAAGAACUUCCAGAUUGAGGUGGCUUCCAAUGGGUUCCGCCUUUACGGCACUGAGACGUUUCGGGCCACUCUCACUGAACUGCUGGAGCACCUUAAGGGCCAAAGCCUUCGCACCGACAACCUCCAGUUCCGGUUGCUGCACUGCUGCCCUCCCCAGCCGAGAGAGGUUUCCAACCUGCUGGUGGUCACUAAAGAUCGAGCACCGGCCACUCAGACACCCAUGCAGGAGAGUCAGCUUAGCUUCCAUCGCAUUCUCAAGGAAGAGAUUGAACAGGAGGAGCACCUUGGACCAGGCACAAGAACCAACAUCUUUUCAGGCACACUGAGGGUGAAGAGUGAGGAGGAGGAGGAUGCAGGUUACUCAUCCUUCCAGGAGGUGAAGGUGGUCCUGAAGGUGCUGGGCUCUGGACACAGGGACAUCUCCCUGGCGUUCUUUGAAACAGCCAGCAUGAUGCGACAAGUGUCUCAUAAACACAUAGUGCUGCUGUAUGGAGUGUGUGUUCGUCACCAGGAAAACAUCAUGGUAGAAGAGUUUGUCCAGCCAGGACCACUGGACUUAUUUAUGAAGAGACAGCAGAGCCCACUGGACACACUGUGGAAGUUCCAGGUGGCCAAGCAGCUGGCCUCAGCUCUCAGCUACUUGGAGGACAAAAAGCUGGUUCAUGGGUUUGUGUGUGCCAAAAACAUCCUGCUUGCCAGAGACGGCCUGGACGCCGAUAUGGGAGGGCCCUUCAUCAAGCUCAGUGACCCAGGAAUACCAAUCACUGUACUCACUAGAGAGGAGUGUGUGCGUCGUAUCCCAUGGAUCGCUCCGGAGUGUGUGAAGAGCGCGUCUUCCCUAAGCGUUGCAGCUGACAAGUGGGGCUUUGGUACCACUCUGUGGGAGAUCUGCUAUGAUGGAGAGGUCCCCCUCAAAGACAAGAAACUCACAGAGAAGGAGAUGUUUUAUGUAAGCGAGUGCCAACUGGCUACCCCAGAGUGCAAAGAGCUGGCUGAACUGAUGACCCACUGCAUGACCUACGACCCCAAGAAGAGACCUUUCUUCAGGGCUAUCGUCAGAGACAUAGACAUGCUAGAGGAAAAGAACCCCUCCAUCAAACCUCAGCCUACACCAGACGUGGACCCAACUUUGUUUGAAAAGAGAUUCCUUAAGAAGAUCAGAGAACUGGGAGAGGGCCACUUUGGAAAGGUGGAGCUGUGUCGCUAUGAUCCUCGUGGAGAUAAAACCGGUGAGCUGGUGGCAGUGAAAUCCCUAAAGUCGGAGAACCGUGAGGAGCAGAGCAACAACCUCUCGCGGGAGAUCGACAUCCUGAAAGCACUCUACCACGAAAACAUUGUCAAAUACAAAGGCAUCUGCCAAGAGGAAGGUUGUCAGGCCAAUAAGCUGAUCAUGGAGUACCUUCCACUGGGCAGUUUGAAGGAUUAUCUACCCAGGAACAAAAACAAGACCAGCCUGAAGACCUUACUCAGCUACUCUGUCCAGAUAUGCGAGGGAAUGGAUUAUUUGGGAUCGCGAAAUUACAUUCACAGAGACCUGGCUGCCCGAAAUGUUUUGGUUGAAAGCGAGAGGACGGUGAAGAUCGGAGAUUUUGGCCUCACCAAAAGUAUCAAAGACAACGAGGGUUAUUACACCGUCAAAGAUGAGAAUGAGAGCCCGGUUUUCUGGUAUGCGCCCGAGUGUCUGACCCACUGCAAGUUCUACCUUGCCUCAGACGUUUGGUCCUUUGGUGUGACGAUGUAUGAACUCAUCACCUACUGCGAUACGUCCAAGAGCCCAAUGCAGCUCUUCCAUGGUAUGAUUGGUCGAUCUCAGGGCCAGAUGACUAUCAUCAGAUUGGUAAAGGCGUUGGCAGAAGGAAAAAGGUUGCCCCGUCCGCUGGAGGGCUGCCCCGAGCCUGUGUACGAGCUGAUGCGCAAGUGCUGGGAGAACGCACCCGAAAAUAGAAUCUCCUUCAAGAACCUGGUGGACGAGCUGACCAGGAUGCAGCAACGCCUCCAACCACAAAACAGCCUUUAAACUCCCUGCUUUGUUCACUGGGAAUGACAUUGGCUUGCAGACUCUGGACCAAAUGUGAAUGGCAAAACUGAGAACUUCAGAUCAGUAUCUGCUUGUGAAGCAUGAUUGUACUGUGGGAUCAAAGCUCCACACCAAGCAUUGCUCCCGCAAACUCGCAUACACCUUCCACAACCACGGCAAGACUUUCCGUCAUGUUUGUAUUUCUCCGUUUUGUUUUUAACUAGUCUUAUAUUUCCUGAUUUCAGUUGAGUAUUUUGUCCUAUUGAAUCUCGUUGCCUUUGCCCAUGUUAAAUGGGAUCAUCUGGUUGUACUGUGUCCAGGGGAUUUAACUGCAGGGCCAGACAUGUCCCACUCACACUGACGGCCACUAUUAUCAUUUGCUCCAAAGGCCUUUCAGAUGGUGUGAGGUUGAUUCGGCUCUCACUGAUGGACCUUUUGAAGGCGGGAGAGCAGAGAAAGAACGGUUUAAUGCCUGCUCAAACAGUUAAGGCGCUGUUUGCCACAGAGUGGCCCAUGUGAUGGAUCGUAUUUGAUAAGAUCUUGGAUGGAUGGAUACAAAGGGAGUCUUUUUACUUUCUAAUUUUCUUUAGCCCAAUUUUCUGUUGAUGUAUCUAGAGAUGCUGUCAGCCAGCGAGCAGUAGGAAACGUUCCCUUUCACUGUUAUUUGAUCGAGCUGAAAGGCCAAACAUUCUUUUAUUAUAGCUUCCACAUUUUGAGAUACUUCUGCUGGACGAGCAAUUUCUAGACAUUGCAUUUUAGAUCUGGCACAGGUAGGUUUCAACAGAAAGUAAUACAGAUUAAGAACAGAUUACUAGGCGUUGCGAAGUGAGACUCCAAUGAGAAUACGGACUGCGUAAAAUAACAGAAAAUCUGCUUUCUUUUCUGUCAGUUUUUUCUAAUCAUGAGAUUUCUCCUAGUCAAAUGUCCUGGGAUCAUCUCUGCACUUUUAGAGUCCUCUCAUAGUUUGAGGUGAUUUUAGUUUAUAAACUCUAAUCGAGUACGGUUCUUUAAAUGUACCGAAUAUUUUAUGGAGAACUAAAUGCAACAAAUUAGUCUUCUAUAUCAAAUAUACAGCACUUAAUAACUUGUUAGUUGAGGGAAGAAUUAAGAUGUACCACUGAGAUCCACCUGGGGGCAGUAAGGAGUCACUUUUGUUCUCUUAACGCUUAAUGCUAUGCUAAAUAUAAAAAUUGCCAUUAUUGCUUAUUGUGAAUGGAAUAACAAAUAUGAUACACAGGCUUUGAAGUAAGAUGCUGAUGGCUUUUUACCUUGUUUUUUCAGUGACUGUUGCUAUUGUGUGUGUGCAUUUUAUUUGUAACGUUUUUUUAAUUUCAAUAUGCCAGAACAUUUAUGAAAGUUAUCUGUGAGUAUGCUAAAUGGUUUGAGCAGAGGGUUUUUUCUUUUUGAAUUCAGUACAUGUGAGUCACAUUUUUGUUGUUCAUGUAAACAUAACUUUUUUGCAUUAUAAUUGGAUGUAAAAGACAAUUCCUUCUGCUCAACAAAAUAUAUAUUUUUCAAAAAACAAGAUAAAAUUUGACUUAUGGAAGGUAAGUAUCCUUAAAUACAUCAUGAAAAAUAAAUAAAAAUCAGUGUAUGUUGUG